AUUCGCUUCAGCUUCAGCUUCAGCUUCAGCAACCUCGCGCUUCCGACACGCUAAUCGAACGUUUCCGAUAUCAACUUUUUGGCAUUUCAUGAUCCAAAUAAUCCAAAUUUAACCAUCGUUUGGCGUAUAUAUGAAAAACUAUUAUUUUUCGUAUGCAUCUCGACGCUGAUUCUCGCCACGUCUCGCUGAACGUGCGCGAGUCUGCGCGACACUGUCGAAGCAGAAGCGAGUUUCCUGUUGCCUCUUGCGCAAUACGCGUUACCGCGGUGCAAAGCGGGAAAUUCGAAUGCCAUAUGCAAAUGCAAGUGCAUUUCGGAAGGAUUACGUAUUGUUUGAUAAAUAAUAGAAAAGUGUGUACCGAGAUGUUAACAUGAAAAAAUGCGAGUGCGUAUAUAAUAGGGAGUAGGGAGAGACGUUGAAGAUUUAUUUUCUGUCCAACUACAUACAUAAAACACGUAUUACACGAAAGCAAUGAAGCGAUCGAGUAGCGAUGAGUGUUUUUCUCUCCCCAUCAGUCUCCACGCACAAAAGCUAUCCGCAGAUACAUCAAUACAUAUAUUUUUGUCAUUUCCCUAAAGCCGCAUCGUAAAAUUGUAAUCGACAACAAAAAACAAAAGUAAUGUAGAGAGAUAUCGGUAAAUCUGAUGAUUUCUAUUAAAAAAAUUUAGUUGUGUGCGCGAUACGUAUUGGGUGUCGGGCACCCGGCACAGUGGCACAGUGUCGGGCGCCGCGGACACUGUGGAGUGCGGACAGCGGACAGCGGACAGCGGACAGCGAGGCAGUGAGCAGCAGUGAGCAGCAGUGAGCACGGAGCAGUGCGAGGUGCGAGCCGUGCGAGGUGGUGCGAGUGCAAGGUGCAGAAGCGUCAAGAGUGGUCAAAAGAACAAGAGAAGCAUCCGUGCUCCGGCGAGUUGCGGGUUACGGCGACUACGGCGAGUCUGGCUGGCGUCCGGCGUCAAGCGCUCCGUUAUUACAUCUCGCGUCGAUUCGCGAUUCGCUACACGUCGCCAUAUCGAUUAUCCUCGUUUACUGCGUGUGACCGCGGACAGUUGACUCUUAAAAAAGAAAACAAACGCGAUUUAAUGGGAAUGGGGAGAGCCUAGCUCAGCCUAGCUAGCCUAGACGCGUGAAACAAGAAACAAUGUCGACGUCCGUCAGAAUUUCACACGACUCCCCGUUAUUUCGUCUCGCUCGCGAAAAUGAGAUUUCGGAUUUAGCGCAACGUAUACUUGAAAUUCUAAUCUCGAAUAACAAACAACUGCCUCGUGCUGUGCGUAUGAAUUUAAAAUGAAUGUAAAAUGAAUAAUUUGUAACGAGGGACGUGGACGUGUCAUAAAGACAUGCAUAUACAUUAUACAUUUCAUAUUAGAGUUGAUACAUAUACGGGAUGUGCAUGUGUACAACUCGGACACCGACAUACAUGUCAUUUUAGCGUAUAGAAGACUAUUAUCCGUUUGUGAACGUUCUUUAUCAAAAAGUUGACCGGUGUCCAGCAAGUCCAGACACGAGGCACGAUGGACUCUGCAACCGAGCUGGAACACAUGGAGAAGCUGGCGAAGGAAGCGGAAUGCUUAAAGAUACGCUUGGAGGAUGAACGACAAAAGUUAAAUGAUAUUACACUUGCCAGCGUAGCGGACAGGCUUGAAGUAAUUAAUUGUAUAAAUGUAAAACCUAGACGUAUCCUAAAAGGGCAUCAGGCCAAAGUUUUAUGUUCCGACUGGUCUCCCGAUAAGCGUCAUAUUGUUUCUUCUUCACAGGAUGGAAGAAUGAUCAUAUGGGAUGCCUUUACUACAAAUAAAGAACAUGCCGUCAGUAUGCCGACCAGAUGGGUGAUGGCGUGUGCUUAUGGCCCUAGCGGCACUUUAGUUGCAUGCGGAGGUUUGGAUAAUAAAGUUACGGUCUAUCCGUUAAGUCUGGAGGAUGAUGUAUCGGCUCACAAGAAGACCGUUGGGACGCAUACGUCGUACAUGUCGUGCUGCGCGUUUCCCAACAGUGAUCAGCAGAUUUUAACUGGCAGUGGAGACAGCACGUGCGGUUUGUGGGACGUAGAAAGCGGGCAAUUGUUACAGAGUUUUCAAGGACACUCCAGCGACGUCAUGUCUAUCGAUCUAGCGCCGAGUGAAACUGGAAACACGUUUGUAUCCGGUGGUUGUGACAAACUGGUCUUGAUUUGGGAUAUGCGCAGUGGCCAGUGUGUGCAAAGUUUUGAAGGGCAUCAAUCUGACGUUAAUUCAGUAAGAUUUCAUCCAGGCGGCGAUGCAGUAGCGACAGGUUCGGACGAUGCUACUUGUCGUUUGUUCGAUCUGCGUGCCGAUAGAGAAGUCGCGGUAUACGCGAAAGAAAGUAUAAUAUUCGGAGCAAACGCGGUUGAUCUCAGUGUAAGCGGCCGCUUGCUCUUCGCUGGAUAUAAUGAUUAUACGGUGAAUGUGUGGGAUACUUUAAAGUGCCAACGAGUGGCACUAUUAUAUGGGCAUGAAAACCGAGUUUCGUGUCUAAGGGUUUCUCCGGACGGUACUGCCCUGUCUACCGGAAGCUGGGACGCAACUUUACGAGUUUGGGCUUAGCUUCAUCACGACCAUUACUCUCUUAAACUUGUUGAGAUAUGAGAUAUGAGAUACUCUAGUUAGGCAACACAUAGAUAAUAUUUAUUAAUUUUUUUUCUAUUUAUUUAGAUUAUUUAGAACGUCUCACCUCUUCUCCAUUCACUUUUUGUAUGUUAUCAUGUUUUCAUAAUAUCCAACGUAUGUAUGAUGCGUUAACGUGUUGUUGCACGCGAUAGCAAGCGUGCUUUGUCAUGCAAAAUGUAAUACAUAAAAUGUAAUGUGAUCUAACAUUAAAAAAGUUGCAUUAGGCUGGUCCUAAUUUACAGAAAAAUUUUAGUGAAUAUAUAUAUAAUAAUUCUUAGCGGAGUCACAAUAUGUAUGCCACAAAAAAAAUAAACGUUCAUAAAUCCAA